CGGUGGCAGGAGAGAGUGCGGAGCUGCCCCUGCCAGCCCUAGGGCCGCUGGAGGAAAGAGAGAGAGGAGAGAUGGAGUCAGGGCUGCCCGCAGAGACGCCGCCGCCGGCCCGCGGCCCCGUCGCGGCUACCUGCCGCCCCCCGCCGCAGCCGGCCAGCGCCGCGACUUUCGCCGCCGCCGCCGCGGCGUCCCGCCCCGACGUGGCUCCGCCGUGGUGUGGCGGCCCCCGCUGCUGCUGCUGCUGCUGCCGCCGCUGCCCCGCGCCCGCCGCCUGCGCCGCCGACGCCGAGAGCGGCGCGGUCCCCGCCGCCCGUCCUGCGGCGGCCGCGGCCGGCCCUGGGGCCGGGGCUGCUGCGGCGGCGGCGGCGGCCCCGGCGGCGGCGGCGGCGGCUCCUCCUCCUCCUCCGCCUCCUCCCCGGCCGCCGCCGUUGCGGGGCCCUAAAGCCGCCCGGCUCAAGAGGAUGGUGCGGCUGGCGGCCGAGCUGCUGCUGCUGCUGGGGCUCCUCCUGCUCACCUUGCACAUCACCGUGCUGCGCGGCGGCGGCGAGCCCCACGGCCCCCUGGGCAACGGCAGCCACAGCCAGCGGCAGAACACCCUUACUGCAGAAGACCAUUCUCCUGAAGCCGGCUUUACCCUGAACCCUGAGGACAGAAGAGAAUACCCUGACCUCCAGGCUGCCCACCGGCCAUUCCCUAAACAGAGAUUCAGGCAGGAAAAUGGGCAUACGUCAUUGCAAAGAGAUGGACCCAGAUCUUUCCUCUUGGAUCUCCCAAACUUCCCUGACUUGUCAAAAGCAGAUAUCAAUGGGCAGAAUCCCAACAUUCAGGUCACCAUUGAAGUGGUUGAUGGCCCUGACACUGAGCCAGAAAAGGAUCUGCAGAAAGAGAGCAGCAAGCCUAACUGGCCAGUCCCGUCACCUGACUGGAGAAACUGGUGGCAGAGGUCCUCCACCUUGACACGCAUGAGUAGCGGUGACCAGGACUACAAGUAUGACAGCACUACUGAGGACAGCAACUUCCUAAGCCCUCUCGGUGGGUGGGAUAGUCAUGGACCCAGUCAUCGGACGUUUGAGUCCAAGGAGCAGCCAGAGUAUGAUUAUAUUGAUGGUGAGGGAGACUGGAGCCCAUGGUCUCUCUGCAGCGUCACCUGCGGGAGUGGCAGUCAGAAGCGGACGCGGUCCUGCGGGUAUGCCUGCACUGCCACCGAGUCCCGGACCUGCGACAGGCCAAACUGCCCAGGGAUUGAAGAUACCUUCCGGACAGCUGCCACAGAAGUGAGCUUACUUGCAGGAAGUGAAGAUUUCAAUGCUACCAAACUGUUUGAAGUUGAUACUGAUAGCUGUGAAAGAUGGAUGAGCUGCAAAAGUGAGUUCUUGAAGAAAUAUAUGCAUAAAGUGGUCAAUGAUCUUCCCAGCUGCCCAUGCGCCUACCCCAGAGAAGUUGCAUACAGCACUGCUGAAAUCUAUGAUCGGGUUAAGCGGAAAAACUUUCGCUGGAAAGAUGCAAGUGGUCCAAAGGAAAAACUGGAGAUCUAUAAACCCACUGCCCGAUAUUGCAUCCGCUCCAUGCUGUCUUUGGAAAGCACAACACUUGCAGCACAGCACUGCUGCUAUGAUGAUAACAUGCAGCUGAUCACCAGAGGAAAAGGGGCAGGUACACCAAACCUGAUCAGCAUUGAAUUCUCAGCAGAACUCCAUUACAAAGUGGACAUUCUGCCUUGGAUUAUAUGCAAAGGUGACUGGAGCCGAUACAAUGAAGCACGGCCUCCAAACAACGGGCAGAAGUGUACAGAAAACCCUUCAGAUGAAGACUACUACAAGCAAUUUCAAGAAGCAAGGGAAUACUGAAAAGAUAUUCCUCCUCUUCAAACAAAAGAUGGCAUUCGUUUCCUGGAUGCCAAAGAACUGCUAAUGGCUGCUGCAUUAUCUCCUUGAUAGGGGUUAUCAGUUUCUUUCUAAUGAAUGUAUAUAAUUGUAAUAUAAUACAUAAAUAUUUUUCAUAGUGUGUGUAAUUUAUAUACACAUAUCUCUCUAUCUCACACAUACCUAUUUUUACAAACAGACAUACAUAAAACUUGUCCUAGUAGGACUUUAUACUGCAAUAAUAUUUGUUUAAUAAUGUGCAUUUCAUUUUAUUCCCCAACUAUAUCAUAAGAGUGAUGUGUGACAGGCAGCUCACAUCAGCAUCGGGCCUAAGGCCCCAGUUGAGGAGGGCACAUAUUUAAAAGUUAUUAUAAACAAUAGGAUUGAAGAAUGUAUUCUUCCAUAUGGGAAUGGUUUAAAAGAUUAUUGCACCAACAGCAUCCGUUUUCUCUGUAAUUGAUUUCAUGACUAGCCAUAUCUAAGAAGGGAAGAGGCUUUUUUGGAAGGGUAGUGGUUAAAAGCAAAUACAGACCAUUACUAGCAAUUCUGUCUUGGAACUCUUCCUGUUACCUCCUGGCUCAGGUGCUUGCUCUCCCUCUGGGCUAGGACUGCAGGGAGAGGUAGCUGUGGUUUUCAUACGGAGCAGAAACAGUGUUGGUGCAGUGAUUCUGCAAGAGCCGCAAACGGCCCAUUGCUGGAGACUUCUCAGACAUGGAGCUACAGCGGGCAGGGGUUAGCUCUUACUCUGUGGAGCAGAUCUUCAGGGCAGCUGUCAGUGACCUGAGCGUGCUGCAAGUCUUUGGAGAAGUGAGGCCAGAAAAGGAAACCAUGUCAAAGGAAAAAAAAAUUCCAGUUAUUUUCCAGUUCUUAAUAUGAAGAGUGUUUAGAUCUGCUUGUUUCUUUCUUUCAAGAAAAGAAAGAAAUUUAUCUUUUUAAAUAUCAGGACAAACAGAAUAUACAUUUCUAAAUAUGCUCCCUGGGAUAAAGCUUGCAGCUAGCCUUUUCUCCCCUUUUUAAUCGUAUGUUGAGUGUGCAGUAUCCUAUGGAAGAAGCUAUUCUUUAAAGAAACUGUCUGGGAGGAACUAUUGGUGAGUUAAAGUUUCUUAAUUUUUUUAAAAGCUAGCAUUAUUUUUGUAAAGUAUUUAUUAAACUGUAACAGCAAGUCACACAUGGGCUAUGUCAAUAACAUGAAAGGCUUCAUGUAGAUGGAACUUGAUUGCAAAGAUUAAGCUAGGCAGAGGUUUUUCUUCCAAAUUUCUAUAAAGUACAAGUUUACAUACAUAAUCCUGUAAUUAAGCAGCUGAUAUCUGCAUUUUCAUGAAAGAUAAAAGUUACACCAUGGGUAAAUAAAUACUUACGGUUCCAUCCUGUAAAA